AUGUCAGGUUCGGGAGGUUUCGCGGUGUCUCGGAGCCAUGGUGGGGAUAGGUUUUACAACCCACCGGCUGUACGUCGGCACCAGCAGAUGCUGUUGCAGCAGCAGCAGGAGCAGGCGUUACAGCAACAGCAGCAGCAUCGGCGGAAGCACCAGUUGCCGAGGGCGCCGGUGAAGUCGGAAUCUUCUUCCGCCGCUGCGGUGGUGGAGUCGGGAAAUCGGAGUGAGUCGGAUGAUUCAACGAAGUCAUUGUCUAGACCAUCUUCCGUCAGCCCGGCUUCGCCCCCCAUACCAACGCCGGUGAAUGUUACGAACUUAGACCGUUUGAUGGAUUCUGUUACUCCUUUCGUUCCUGCUCAGAAUUUCUCUGAGGUGAGAGUAAGAGGACGGAAAAUGCAGGAAGUAGAGUCCCCUCCAUUUUAUUGCUUGGAGGAUCUUUGGGAAUCUUUUCGUGAAUGGAGUGUGUAUGGAGCUGGAGUACCUUUGUUGUUAAAUGGGAAGGACCUAAUCACACAAUAUUAUGUUCCAUACUUGUCAGGCAUACAGUUGUAUAUAGACGAGUCAAAGCCUUCUUCAUGUCUCAGGAGGCCUGGUGAGGAGAGUGAUUCUGAGUCAUCUAGGGAGACAAGUAGUGCUGGCAGCAGCGAUCGUGAAGCAGAUAAGCGAUCCAAAUCCAUAGUUGAUGUACGUCGGCCUCAUCAGAAUGCCCAGCAACCGAAUAGGCUGUCAGCAAGAGAUAAAUUUGUAAAAAGUUCAUCGAGUGAUGAAGCUGAAAUUUCCAAUUGGCCUGGAUUACUCUUGUUUGAAUACUUAGAACAAGAACAACCGCAUCUACGCAAACCACUGAUUGAUAAGAUUUCUAUUCUUGCAUCCCAAUUUCCUGAGCUGACACAGUGUAGGAGCUGUGAUCUACUCUCGUCAAGUUGGAUUUCUGUAGCUUGGUAUCCAAUUUAUAGAAUACCCGUGAGCCCAACUCUAAAGGAUCUGGAUGCAUCUUUUUUGACAUUUCAUUCCUUGUCAACACUAUCUGGAAGUAAUUUUCCACCUCGAUUUCAUGCUGCGAAUACUAGGAAAGUCUGUGACAAUGUUGACCCGUCUUCGAAAAUUUCUUUACCAGUCUUUGGCCUAGCUUCCUACAAGCUGAAAGGUUCACUUUUGAGUCCUGCUGGACCCCUUGAAUGUGAGCAAGAGAACCAUCUUUUGCAAUCUGCCGACAACUGGCUUAGAAAUUUGCAGGGGGGUGUAGGAGACGUUGAUAUCGGUAUAUUAGUAGAAUGGCUGGCUAUGGAGCCAGUAGUUAGAUGUCCCCAACUGCUGUCUGAUGAAAACUUGAACAAUCUGUAG